AAAUUUCUUUAAAAUAUAUAAGGGCGGAGAAUACUUAUGUGGCUAUAAAGCGCCGCCGUAUAAUUUAAUCUUUCUUAAAAAUAUAUAAGAGCCAUGUGUUGGCAAACAGCAUUACACCGCCUCUGAUUCUGUAGUUGUAGUGAAUUAAGCAGUUGUCAAUUUACUAAUAAAAGUGUACCUUCUAUGUCCACAGAAAGCAGCGUAGCUAUCUACUCUGCCACCUCACGCGGAAGAAUGCAACUAAUUUACGGCGGUCAGCCGUUUAUCUUUGAGAAGACCCUAAAACUAUCUUCGGGAGAGGAGAAGCGAUUCUGGCGAUGUAACCAAUGGUGGAACCAGAAGUGUCGAUCGCGUGUAUUUACAAUUAACGAUGUCGUCUGUCCGCUUAACCGAUUCCAUACGCACGAGGAGAUUGUGCGGCGAAAGAAGCGCGUCCGCCGAGUACCGCCUGUGGAAACAAUUGCCAAGGCCACAUCCGCCAGGCAACAGCAGCAGCCGACCCAGCAGCAACAAGAGAUUCAGCUGACCAGCGACGCAAUGUUGACCAAUGCUGGCGCCAUGCUGGAGGACGAAUCUCCUGCCACAAUCGAUGUUAGUGAGCUGGGAAUGCACCUGAAGUACGAGGAGAUCGUAGCGGACGUCACGGGCAUUGUGGGAGCCACGCGAGUGGUCAGCCGCAGGAAGUGAACCUCCUUCGUUCUACUUCACCAAAGGACAGCGUGAGUCCAUAAAGCUAAAUUACGGCGGUCAUAGUUAUGUAAAGUUCAUGGAGAACGGCCGCGGAACCAAGUGGAUAUGUGCCACCCGCUCUACCACCAAAUGCCGUGCUCGCAUCCGCACUACCAAGAACAACCGUCUUGAGGUGUUGCAUGCCCCUCACAAUCAUGAUUUUCCGCCACAAAAGAAGGAACGAGGUCGUCUCCGACAAAGGAUUAAAUCCCAAAAAUAAUUAAGAACCUACUUGACAGCAAAAUCAUUUUCGAACUAGAACGAACUUUUGUCUGAUCUGCAAAGAAUGAUCUUUUCAGUUUAUUUGUUCAUAACUAUUCUAUAUAUAACUAUUCUGAUAUCUUAAUUUUUUAAUAACAUCUUAAACCGGACUGUUUGUAAAUAUCAAAACGACUUUGCCAUAUCCUAUGUUAUAAAUAAUUUUAUUUUGUAAUCAACGCAAUUAAACUUUAAUCAAAA